GCGACAGAAGCCUCGCACAGGCCGUCCCCCGCCGGGGAGACCCCCCUCCCCCCGCCCGCCCGAGGGCCCGCCCCGGCGGAGCUGCGGCCAGGCCGCGGAGGGCGGGCGGGGCAGCUCCCCGCGGCACGGGGGUAACGGCGAGCGCGGGGGGGCCGGGGCCCCCGCUGCGGAGCGCUGAGGCGAGGGAGCUGCGCCGGGACGGCCCCGCCGUCGCCCGGCCCCACGCCAUGGAGCGGUACGAGAAGCUGGGCAAGGUCGGGGAGGGCUCCUACGGCGUCGUCUUCAAGUGCCGCAGCAAGGAUACCGGCCAGAUCGUGGCCAUUAAGAAAUUCCUGGAGUCCGAGGAGGACCCGGUGAUCAGGAAGAUCGCCCUGCGGGAGAUCCGCAUGCUGAAGCAACUGAAACACCCCAACCUGGUGAACCUGCUUGAAGUGUUCCGGAGGAAGCGGAGGCUGCAUCUGGUCUUCGAAUACUGUGACCACACAGUCCUCCAUGAGCUGGACAAGCACCCGCAGGGGGUGCCGGAGCAUCUAGUGAAGAGCAUAACCUGGCAGACCCUCCAAGCUGUGAACUUCUGCCAUAAACACAAUUGCAUCCACCGAGACGUAAAGCCAGAAAACAUCCUGAUAACAAAGCACUCAGUCAUCAAACUUUGUGACUUUGGAUUCGCUCGCAUACUGACUGGUCCGAGUGAUUAUUACACAGACUACGUGGCUACCAGGUGGUACCGCUCUCCGGAGUUACUUGUGGGAGACACCCAGUACGGCCCUCCCGUGGACGUGUGGGCGAUAGGCUGCGUCUUUGCAGAGCUGCUCUCCGGGGUCCCCCUGUGGCCUGGCAAGUCUGAUGUCGACCAGCUGUACCUCAUCCGGAGAACUCUGGGGGAUCUUAUUCCCAGGCACCAGCAAGUGUUCAGCACCAACCAGUUCUUCAGCGGGGUAAGAAUUCCAGACCCCGAGAGCAUGGAGCCGUUAGAAAUGAAAUUCCCUAGUAUUUCCUACUCUGCUUUAGCUCUGAUGAAGAGUUGCCUUCGUAUGGACCCUGCGGAGCGGCAGACGUGUGAGCAGCUCCUGCAGCAUCCCUAUUUUGACAGCAUUAGGGAAGCAGCAGAUCUGGGGAAAGAACAGGAAAAAACGGCUCGGAAACCAGGCAGACUGACUCGGAAGCACGUGGCAGGGUUACAGUACCUGCCUCAGUUAACCAGUAGUAACGUUCUGCCAGCUUUGGACAGCAAGAAGUACUGCAGCAAAACAAAGAAAUCAAACUACCAUUUCCCUAACAUCUAACCAGAUGGGAGAUUAAAGACUAUGUAUUGUUCAAAGUUAAAGUCAUUCAGAAUUUAUAAAAGGAGGAUAUGCGAUGGAAAACUAAAUUAAUACACAUUACAACAUGUACAAAAGUGGUCUGUGAAGUAACGUACUCCAGGUCAGCAACGGAAGGAAAGUUCUGCACAGAGAGGAACUCCAAGCUCACGUUAGUGUUUUGUGUACAAAGGAAAAUACAUUUGUUUUGCUUUAAUUCGUGGUUGUAUACUGGUUCAGGAUUACUGCAACCCAGUGUUUACAGUGUGAAUUUAAAAGCUCCAUUGCCUGUCUAUCCUUGUACUUCAGCCGUGGCAGAAGAACUGCAACCUUGCCAAAUAAAUCGGAGUCCCACUGUGUCAAAACAGCAAUACUGCUUUAGUCUGGGACUAAGUCACUGAUCCUGCAAGGAGCUGUAAGCCUAGAGCCGAUGCCAGUAGGAGAUGUAUGUAUGUGUGGAGCCAAGCCUAACUGCUCCACUUAGUUAGAAACCUGGUGAAAUAGCACUGCUGUAAAGGUAUCUCUGUCUUACAGAUGGCAUUUGUAGAUCACAAAGUAUUAAAAGUACUGGUAAUGGCUUACUGGAAGGCUCAACAGGCACUGUCACCAGGAGGAGAGCAUUUUAGUAGUAAAACCUAUUGUUGCUUCUCCUGUCUGUUUCUUCCUCACAUUAUGAGGUCAUUUUUAUUUGCAGUUUCUGUCAAUAGUGAAGUCACUUGCCUUUAGUGUUACAGAAAUUGUUGUAAAAAUAAUCCAUUAAUAUAAUUUAUAACAUUGCCCAGACGCAGGCGGGAAUUCUACCUAAGCAUAUGUAUUAGAACGAUUCGUGGGCUUUGCGUAAUCUCAGGAUGUAAUAUUGUGUUGAUUUUGAAUAAAAGAAAUGUAGCUUGGUUUUCCAA